AUGGAGGCCGUCCCAGCCAACGAGACUCCGCCGUCUCUCUCCAAGUCAUUUAAUGAGUCAACAUUUAUCGCCGAGAAAAAGUACGACCCCGUUCUUGGGUCAGACCACGAUUCAAUCAGCAGCGUCAGCGCCGACGACUCGGAUACUGGCUCCGACUCUGGUUCAGAUGGUGAUGACCAACCUCGGCAUAACAGGAUGCCAAAGAUCCGUCUACUCGUUCAGCAAAUCACAGAUCAGAUUCGGUCGCUAUAUGACCUGUCCUCCUUGCUUCGGCGGCCCAGGAUAGCAGACAAAUACAUUCGCUCUGUCAGUUCCAAGUCACACACAGCCGCAUCGGACACGCUGCCGCUCAUGGUUUGCUUCAGCAAGUUAGAUGAGAGUCACGCCAUAGAAAAGAUACUGCAGUGGCGCGGCUUGACCAAGAGCGGGCAGAGCCUCAGCUGUGAGAAUGAGCCCCCUGCUGAAGAGAGACACAGCUUGGCAACUGACGAGGUCGGUAACAUUCUGUGGUACUGCCAACGACUCGCAAGGGCGAACACGAGGCGCCGAGAGCAGCUUCGGUACUGGGCCGAUCAUCCGUAUGUUUCCACGCAGGACAAAGACACCUCGUCCCAGACCUUGCCGGUCUUGGUAAAGCCUCCUGUCAAAGCAUCAGAAAUCAAGGAGGAGUUAGGAAGCCAAGCAUCCACCCUCAAACUGCCGAGCGUCAAGUUCCCGCCAGCAGGCCCAACGUCAACCGUGUCCAAGCAUAGCUUCUCCACAGCUGCCGCCUCAGAUUUCCACGAUACCAAGACAAAUGCUCGGCCGCGGACAGUCUACGCUCCCACGAAUGUUGGCCAAGGCAGGUCCAACGCUGUCCCGGGCCCCCCCAAGACGGACGGCAAAGCGACCUUUCCAUGUCCGCGCCAUGUAUUCCGUGAUCUCCGUCCAUACAUCUGCACAUUCGAACACUGCCAGAAUCCUGACAAGUUGUACGCCAGCCGCCACGAGUGGAUAUACCACGAGCUCCAGAUUCACCGGCGCAAGUAUGUCUGCAAAGAGUGCCCCAAGACAUCUUCUAGCAGGACGGAAAUGUUAGCACAUGUCCAGGAGCACUAUGGAGAAUCAAUCUCACCGGCGCAUUUGGAUGUGAUUCUGAAUCUCUGCGAUCAACAAGAUGAUGGUAUGAAUGGUGAGGAAGAGGAAUGCCUAGUGUGUGGAGAGGAGCUCUCGUUUCUGGCGUUGCCGGGACAUUUAGCCAUGCAUAUGGAGGAUAUGGCUCUCUUCAUCUUGCCCAACACCCAAGAAGAUCAGGACUUGGGGGGAACCAACGACUCGGUGCAAGUGGAAAAACUCAGCCAUUCCAGGUCGCAGAUAAGCAGCCUCGGCUUUUCUGCACCUGGAGAUUAUGGACAGAACCCAGCCGACUUCUCCAAGCUACUCACCAGCGAGGAAGCGGGGUAUAGCUCCAAGCUUACCCACUGGAAAGUUACUCACGAUCCAGAAGUGGCAUCGUUGAAAGCCCUGGUCCAACAACUGGGAGACCAGGACGAGAAAGUCAGACAUGCUGCUGUUAAAGCCUUGGGCAGCCAGCCAGCUUUGCCAUAUGAGAUCAGCGAAGCCAUGGGGGCAAGAUUGGAAUGCCGGGACCGUAAUGGCCUGACGGUGCUAUCGUGGGCCGCCAAGAAUGGCCAUGAGGUCACCUUCGAGCGACUCAUCGAGAAGGGGGCCGAUUUUGAGUCCAAGGACUGGUAUAGCCACACGAUUCUACAUUGGGCCACCAUGGGUGGAAGCGAGGCCAUCGUCAGAAUGCUGCUUGAGUUAGGAGCUAAUGUUAACUCCAGGAGUGACGAUGGAGAGUCGUCCCUACAUUACGCCGCCUGGGGUGGGAAUGAGGCCAUCGUCAGAAUGCUGCUUGAGUUAGGAGCUAAUGUUAACUCCAGGAAUGACGAUGGAGAGUCGCCCCUAUAUUGCGCCGCCUGGGGUGGGAAUGAGGCCAUCGUCAGAAUGCUGCUUGAGUUGGGAGCCGAUUUUGAGUCCAAGACUGAGGAUGGAAAGUCACCUCUGCAUUUCGCCGCCUGGAAUGGCAACGAGGCCAUCGUCCGAAUACUGCUUGAGUUAGGAGCCGAUUUUGAGUCCAAGACUGAGGAUGGAAAGUUACCUCUGCAUUACGCCGCCUGGAAUGGAAACGAGGCCAUCGUCCGAAUGCUCUUGGAGAUAGGAGCUGACGCCCAAAUGAAAGACAACAGGGGCGACACGGCGCUGUCACUAGCCACCGGGAACGGCGAUGAGGCCAUCAUCCAGCUUUUGCAGCAGCAUGCGGACUCCCCAGCGAGUCGCCAGUCGUCCAAGACCUACCAUUCAGUUCCGUAUAAUGCUGAGGACGUCACCGCUGGCAUCUCUUCUGCCGAGAUCAACCUCAACUCCGUGCCUACUCUCUACAAGAAGGUUGGGCAAGAUUGGCAUGCCGUCUUUAACCCCAAACUGCAACGAGAUCUCGACGUCGAUCUAGUCCACGUACUUGAACAUUCCUUUCCUGUCACCAGCGUGCGGUUCAGUCACGAUGGCAUGCACAUAGCGACUAGCAGUCACCGCACAGCCCGAAUUUUCGACAUACAGACUGGUGAGCAGGUGUGUGUCCUGGAUCACAAUACUCCCCAUACGGACCACAGUAUAUAUAUAAGCAGCGUGACCUUCAGCCCUGAUGAUAACUACCUGGCUACGGGUGGCGAUCAUGGUAUGGUUUGCUUAUGGGACAUCGAAUCUGGUACAGUCUUAGCCCAACUCGAGGGGCGUAAGGGGGAGAUCCACGCGAUAGAAUUCUCUCCUGAUGGAAGAAGUAUUAUUUCAGGUGCUAGCGAUGGGACUGUCCGUUUGUGGGAUGUCAACACCCGGGCUAACACCCGUACCCUCUCCACUGGAGACAUGAUCGUAUCCAUCACCUUUUCACCCGAUAUGCAACUUAUCGCUUCAGGAUCAGAAAACGGAAGCGUAAAGGUCUGGGACGCCAGCACAGGCGCACGUCUGAUGCGCCUUGAAGGACACGAAAAAUCUGUUCUUUCGGUCGCCUUCUCGCCCGAUGGCAACACCCUUGUCUCAGCCAGCUUCGACCAAACUAUCAAGAUGUGGCAUCCCAUUCAAACUCAAGGCACAUGGGGAGUGAAGUGUAUCAAGUCUCUCCAAGGCCACACAAACGAUCUCAACUCUGUUUCAUUCACCCCUGACGGAAACGGGCUGCUCUCGGGGUCUAGGGAGAGUAGUUUGCAGUUCUGGGAUACAAAAACAGGCAUGGCACAAUUCAGGCUUCAAGGUCAUACGGAUACAAUUUAUUCGGUUGCCGUUAGCCCCAGGGGAGGCAUCUUCGCCACUGCCUCUGCCGACGGGGAGGCUCGUGUUUGGUUGUACGGUCCGUACCAGGCAGAGGGAACCUAG